UUGUAAAUGAUUUUGGGAGUCCUGUGUCGAAAAUGGCGACUGCUGUAGACUACGGUAGGAUGUACACCCCAGACAAGAUGUAUACGGGGUACAACACAGAUACAAGGGUGGGGGACGAAGUUGUCACUCAAGGGUUAGCUCAAGAUUUAGAAGCUUUUUACAAUAAAAGUGAUUCUUCAGGAGAUAGAGCCAAAGCUUUGGAGUUAUUGUCGUCCUUAAGACUUGGAGGGGAACGUCAGCAAGAACCAUAUCCACGACCCCAUACUGCCAUGCCAACAGUUGGAGGCCAAUACCAUUCAAAUCCAUAUGUCACGUCAUACACUAGGGAUUAUCCCAUGAAGGAGCAACCAUUCACAGGAGCAACAAGACCAAUGACAUCGCAUGGUUUUAGAAAUGGGCCAAUAGGAGAUACUACUUAUGCAGAAGAAUAUAAAGAUAAGCCAAACAGGCCAGCAUCACCAAUCAGAAGUGGAUCAGCAUCUGGACAAAGAAAUAACAAUCCACAUCCAUUACAGGCAUUUAUGGUAUGGCGAUUUCCAACAAAGACUAUGGCAGAACCCAAACCUAGUCCCUGGUCAGAGGAGUUGACAGAUGAUAAAAUUAACCAAGUACACAAACGGUUAUGUCAGUCCACUUACCAGACAGAUUAUCUAGGAAUUCCUCAGGGUUUUCAAUUAAAAAGUGCCUAUACUCUGCCACCUGAUUGGAAAGCAGACAUUCCUUACACAUUAGACAGUGUAGCAAGAUAUUCUUAUCAAAACCCAACACAACCAGAACAAUUAAAACUUCCUAUCUCAAGAUAUGGCAGUAAUAAAAAGAAAAGUAUGGCUGUUAAUGGUACUAUACCAACAGCGUCAUUAAGAUAUAAUCAUAUAAAACAGAGAACAACAUAUGACAAACACUACAAUGAUAAUUCUGGUGCCGUUGUACAACAAAUUAAAGAUGUCGGUCGUAAACUUGGAGCCGAAACUCUGAAAAAAUAUUAUGAAAAAGCAGCACCAGAAGAAAUAAUUUCCCAGAAUGUUGAUGGUGAUGAAUAUGGGAACCUGUACAGUGAACCCAAACCAAGGUUUAAAAUGUCACAAGGUUCACCACUAUGUGGGGCCAUAAAGUUCCCUCCAAUACAACAGGUAUCUCGAUUAGACCGAAUAUCAGAUUAUGAAGGUCCAGUUAUUGUUUAGAGACUUAAAUAUAAAAUCUACAUUUAUUUUAUCAGCUAGAUUCAUAAGGCUCACCGCUGUUUAAGGAAGAAAAAAUGAAGUCAUUUGAAGGCAUAAACAAAUUAGAAUUUUAUAUCUUGUGGUAUUUUACCUAUAUAUGUCUUAUUUGAGAAUUGUAUAUAAGGAGUAGGAAUUUCAAAAAUGUAAUAUAUGCAGCACGGGUUUCAAAGGUGCCCUCAAAUGUAUCUAUUAAAUCUAUCAUGUCUUAAUACCUUCAUUAUUGCUUCAUCGUUUUUGCUUGGAAUAUGUAUAUAUAUACAUAUGUAUAACAAGUCUAAAAGGGUACAACAUCACCAAAAAAUAAUAAAAUCAUGAACAAAUGUUAGAUAUUUUGGAUAACUAAUAUCCUUCAUCAGUAAGAUGUAAAAUGAAUCUUAAUAUCUUGACAUGUGGUAGUCAAACUGAAAUGAUAAUCUUGAUCGCUAUACAAAUUAUCAAUAAUCAAUACGCUGGUAAAUUUUUUAUACAUAUGUAUAUAUAUAGAUUGUCAAAGUUUUAUUGGGAAUAUAGUCUUAAGUCACUUAAAAACAAUUAAUUUUCUUUAAUUAAGCAUUUAAACAUGUCUCAGUUUAUAUCUGUAAAUGAUUUGAUUGUAAAUCUUUAUAUUAAAGACAUUUGUUGAGUUUAAUCGUUAUUGGUUGGUUUAUGAGGUAAAGUUUGAGAUUUUUAUGCUUUUUAAGGUUUUGGGAAUAUCUUACAAAAUAUUUUUGGUAUUAAAUUUGUUUGUUUAGAUUAUUAUCACAUACUUUUCAUAAUUUUAUUUUAACUAUUUUAUCCAUGAAGGCAUUUGAAGAUUUUUAUGUAUACUUUUAUGUUUGCCAUUAUUAUUAUUAUUUUAAUAAAAAUAACAUUAAUAUCUGCAUCAUGUUGUACAGUUAAACAUUUAUUUUUAAGGUGUUUAGAAUUAAACAAAAUUAGGACAACAUUUAUGCACAAUUCAAAAGCUAGAAAUAUUUUUAUAUUUUUGAAUAUGACAAUAAAAGUUAAUAGUGCAACAUUUUUAAAAAAAUGCUAUUUUAAAUACACAUUUUGCAUAUUAACAGACAAUUAUUAUAUUGGUUGCAAUGAAAUACCAUAAUUUUUACCUGUGAUUUUAACAACAAAAUUAUGUUUUUAUAUUUUUUAAUAUGACAAUAAAAGAUAAAAGUGCAACAUUUAUGAUAAACUUGCUAUUUUGAAUACACAUUUUGCAUAUUAACAGACAAUUAUUACAUUGGUAGCAAAGACAUACCAUAAUUUCCCUGUGAUAUUGAACCAAUAAUUUAACAACAAAAUUAUACAAGUUUAAUGUACAGAGCAUCUAUAGUUGAAGGAAUUUUAAUCUGUCCCAUUAAAAAUUUGUAAUGCUCUAUCUUAAAUGAUUAUUGUCACAAAAAUACGGACUUUAGGUAAUUAUAUUUGCAUCAAUUUUAUAUCAAAAGUGAAAAGGCCAGGAUUACUGAGGUUGAACUUGUAAUAAUGGCUCCUUUUUUGCAUAUUUUUCAUUUUGAUAAAUUUACACCAUUAUAACAAACAUUUUAUAAAUAUAUAUUUGUAUAUUAGAACAGAUAGUGCAAUAACGAAAAAUAGUAUAAGAACAAAAUAAUGCAACAUUAUGUUUAUGUAAAAGUAUCAGUAAUACAUAUUAUUUUGAAUAGCAUUCUGUUGUAUGAAUUAAGAUUUACAAUUUCUAAAAUAUUUCGGUGAAUUUUCGUUUUUAAUGAAAUUGUGAAUUUCGAAAAAAAAGUUCCUGAAACCCACAGAAAAAGCAAACGAUUUGACUGCAUACAGGUAGUUAGAUUUUAUUGUACCUCAUUUGAUGUAAUUGUACUGCCAUCUUAUUGUUGGAAGUGCAAUUAAUUUGACCCCAUGGUCUAUUAAAUCAAUCUGAAAAAGCAAAAAAUGUCUUCUUUUCAAACCAUGUUGCACCAGUAUUUCCAAAAGAUUCUACAUGGAUUUAUCUGUAAAUCAUAUUUAUAAGUUAAACAUGCUUAGUUAUACAUGUACAACAAAUCCUUUUUUCUGUUUACAAAAGGGAAAUUUAUUGGAAAAAAAAGAUUUACUUAUUUAUGUACUAUGAACUAGAAUGCAAAUCGUUCGUGAAUUCCUUCGAUAAUGGUAAAAUUCUGGUAAAAUUGUUAGAAUCCUGUGACUUUGAUAUAAGGAGUUAAGUAUUAGAACAUAUUAAAAUGUAAUUAUAAUGUUUUCCAAUAUAAUAUCAUAUUUUGUAUACUUUACAUUUGUCUUCUUAACUUAAGUUAUUAGCCUUAUCUUGUGCAUUUAAGUACAAACUACUUUGAAGAGUAAAAAAAAAUAAUGCAUUUUUAAUGUACUCAGAUUUGUCAGGUUUAUGUAUAUUGCUUUUUUAUUGUGUUUUUUUUUCAAAGACAUUUUUACUUUUACUUAAAUGCACCUUUCUGUACUUGAAUCAGUAUUAUUUCCUUGAACACUUGGACGUGGUUCAUAUUGUUGUCUGUUUAUUUGUAAUGUAGGUCAGUGGGUUUGUAAAAGAAUUUUUUAAGAAUCUACAAAGUUAAUUAAAGAGAUUUUGUAAACAUGCUUUGUAUUGAUUACAUUGUGAAAUAUCUAAUUCAUGAGAUAUGUCUUCACUUUGAAUUUUAAAUCUUGAAUGAAAGGAAAAAAAACAAUUUGUAAAAGCUAAUGAGAAUUUUUUUUUUACCAAUUACUAUAGCAGGUUUCAAAGCAUGCAGAAGUUUGUUUUUUGGGUUAAGUUAUUAAAAGAUACUGCAUGUCGAUCAUAAAAGACAAGAGAUAGAUCGGAAGUUUGUAUGGGUGCAAAAUUAAAUGAUUUUUUUGUGUUAAUCAAGUAUAUUCUUUCUCUGCUCUGUUUAGUGCUUUUUAAAUGCCAAUUGGAUUUCAGAGUCUAUUUCCUUUUUUUCACCGCAUGACUUUUUCAAAGAUUGGCCAGAAAUUGGGUACUAUUUGUAUACCGAAAGCUUUACUUUUGACUUAAAUUAAAUUAAAAAUGUCUUUUUCCAACAAUGUUUUUAAAUAUUUGAUUCUUUUUAAAAAUGGCUUUACUGAAACGAAAAUUAAGGGAGUUUUUAUGCCUUAAUUCUUUUUAUAGAUCUGCUUCACUAAAGACUGCAGUCUUUGUUGUUAACAAUGUCUUUGAAACAUAGAAGGAAAUUUUGUAAAUUAUUUGAUGUUGUCAAGAUAAAUCAGGGUUUGUAUUAAUGUUGUAACGGUGUACUAUAUAUCUAAACUAAAUUUAUAGAGAAUCUCAUAUUGAAUUGUUUAGUUCUAGUCGCUGUAUAAGUUUGUUCUAUGGUGCCCCAAAUAUAUUUUAUUAUAAUUGAUUUUGCUAACAUAUGAAUUUCUUCAGAAGGGCUGUUCCAGAAAAAAAUAAAAUGGGGAGACUUGGAAAGCACAUUUUCAAAACCAAUAUAUUUUUUUUUAGGUUGUACUUCAUGGUUAUAUAUGUUCUAAACACAACCCAUAGAUAUGUAUAUGUAAUUGUCUUCAAAAUCUCCAAAUAACAUUUACUGAACAGUCUUUCAAAAAUAUUCUGCAUCAAAGAAUGUUUUUAAAUAUUGUAUUCAUAUUUCAAAGGUAAGUAAAAAUGUAAAAAAAAUAUUUUAUAAGAAUAGAAAGUAUAUUUUAUAAAAACAGCAAAAAUAUUUUAUAAAAACAAUAAGAAUAUGAAAUAAAAACAGUAAAAGUAUUCAUGAAUUGAGUGAUGUAUAAGAGACAUUAUAGAAAUUAGUACCAACUAGAAUUGCUAAUAUUUUUAGCUUCACCCUUUUAGUUUGAGGCUAUGAGGUCAGAAAGAAAACACCCUCUUACUUGAGGUUCGUUAAUUGUUGAAUAUAGUUGUAAUUUAGAAAUUAUAGCUGUUGCACAUCACUAUAUAAAGUGUCAAAGAGUAGUAUGAUAUGCUCAAUUUCCAAUUUUAUUUCUGUGAUAAUCUCAUUUUUGCUAGAUAAUGUUUUUUUUUCCUGCUUUUUUGCUAUAUUUGUUUUUUGACAUUUAUUUUGUCAUUUCUAUAAUGUUAUCUGUGAUAUAAAGAACGCAAGUAAAAUAAAAUGUUUCAUUGAAAUUUCAAUGAAGAAAACUA